AUGUCGAAGGUGAUGCGAAGCGUCAAAAAUGUGACCAAGGGUUACUCCAGCGCCCAGGUCAAGGUCCGAGAAGCGACCAGCAAUGACCCCUGGGGUCCGACUGGCACUCAGAUGAGCGAAAUCGCUCAGAUGACCUACAACACUUCCACAGAGUUCUACGAGAUCAUGGACAUGAUCGAUAAGCGUUUGAACGACAAGGGAAAGAACUGGCGACACGUCCUCAAAGCUCUCAAGGUUCUUGAUUACUGUCUGCACGAGGGCUCAGAGCUUGUCGUCACUUGGGCUCGCCAGAGCAUUUACAUUAUCAAGACCCUGCGAGAGUUUCAAUACGUCGAUGAGGAGGGUCGCGAUGUUGGACAGAACGUCCGAGUUGCUGCAAAGGAAUUGACUGCUUUGAUUUUGGACGAGGAUAGACUACGAGCUGAGCGAAGCGAUCGGAGAUCCUGGAAGUCGCGCGUUACCGGACUCGAGGAGUUCGCCCCCCAACACGCCGAGCCCGCCGCCGCACAUGGGAACCGGCGCCAGCGCGAGAGGCGGGUGGCGAAUGAUGAGGAAGAUACCGAGUACCGCUUGGCUAUCGAGGCCAGCAAGUAUCAAGAGGAGGAAGACCGGAAAAAGCGAGAGAGCCGACAGCAUGGGGUGGAUGAUGAUGAUGACCUGCAGAAGGCGAUCAAGCUUAGCCAGGAGGAGGAGGAAAAGAGGCGCAAGGAGUUGGAAGAGAGCAAUGCUCACUCUCUCUUCGAUGAUGAUCCUGUCCCGCAGCAGCAAACCAGCCAGCCGCAGUACACUGGCUUCAACCAAGGAUACCAGCAAGGAAACCCAGUCGACUUCUUCGCAAACCCCAUCGACCAGAAUCAACCCCAGAACACUGGCUACAUGGCCAAUGCCUAUACCGGGUUCCCGCAGCAGGGACAGCCCACUGGCUUCCAGACGAACCUCAACACCGGCUUCGGCCAGCCCAUGAAUAUGGAUCCUUAUGGCCAGCAACAGGCCCAGCAACAGGCCCAGCAACAGCAGCUGGCCUUCCAGCAACCUCAGCCCACUGGCUUCAACCCCUACCUGCAACAGCAACCGCAGCAGCCGCAACAGUCACUAUCGUCACCAGCUUCCCCUGAGCCCACUCUCCAGCCCGGCAGCAACAAUCCCUGGGCAACUCACAACCAGGCUCAAGCGCUGCAGCCCACCCCAACUGGAUCCAACAACCCGUUUGCCCAGUUCAGCCGCCCACAAUCUGCCCGACCCAACCCCAUUUCUUCCCUGGGCUCUCUCCCUGAGCAGAAGACCCUCAAUACCUUUAGCAGCCAACCCCAGCUGCAACAACAGAACAGCUUCCCCCAGGCACAACCGGCGUUCAACACUCCUCAGAAGGAGAUGAACGAGCACGAGACCCGACUCAACUCGCUGCUCGCUACCGGUGACGGUAUGGACACCUUUGGCAACACAGGUAACCUCCGUAUCCCCGCCCAGCACACAGCCCCCGGCACAUUUGUCAACAGCGCUGGUGCGGGUGUGGCCCGAAUCAACGCCGAGGCAACAGGAAACAACCCAUUCCUUCGACAGCAGUUCACAGGCAUGCCUACCGUCAACUACGGCCCCCAGAUGCCUGCGGCUACUGGGCCUGCGGGCUUGAACGGCCAGACCAACAACCCUUUCGCUGCCCACCCAGCACCGCAACAACAGCAGCAGAACCAAGACCUGAUCCAAUUCUAA